AUACUUGGGUACUGAUUAGUCAGUACCCAAUUUUACUGACUACCAAUAAAAAUUUGACACCUAUCCAUAUUAUGUUAUUUCGAACUGCUACAAUUUCCGUAACCAAACGCCUCCUAUCCUCCUAAGGUUCUGCAAUGGAGAUUUGGAGAAAUGCCAGGCUCUUCCAACCUCUGCCCUCCGUCGACCACAUCCACGUAUCCUCCUCCUUCAUCUCUCUUCCGUCAAAUCCGCGACCAUCUUUUUCUCGAUGCAACCAUGGUGGCAAGGAGAGGAAGCGGCGCCAAGUCACGACCAAAGAGUGAGCAGGUGCGUAAGUGCUGCCAUGGCGAAGGAGAAGGUUGGGUAUGAGUGGGCAGGGUUUAGUUCGACGGAGGAGAGAUUGAUUGAGAAAUUUGGGUUGGAUUUGAUGCAAUGGGAUCUGCAGCAUGGCCUAAGUAGGACAGAGGAGAGAAACUGGUUGUUUGGUUACCGGAGCAAUAUCUCAGAGUUGUUGUUUGGUUAUAGGUUUAGAGGGAGCUUUAAAUGACACAUGGCUUUAUUUGAUUGGGCCAUAGUCAGUCGGAAUAUAAGUGUCGGCCGUUUAAGUUCACGCGGUCGAGUAGAGCAAGUUCUGGCACAUGUACAAUAUGAAGAUGAAGUUGAUGAUGAGGAUUCUAUUACUCUGCUUCCUCAGCUGCUUCUGGUUUCAGCUGUCCUUUGCUCAAAAUGCUACCACUGAUCAAUCUGAAGUGAGGGCGUUGAACUCAAUAUUUGAACAAUGGGACACACAAGCAGUGCCGGGGCUGUGGAAUAUCAGUGGAGAACCCUGCAGUGGAUCUGCCAUCAACGGCACCGGCUUUGAGAGCGAAAUUAACAACCCAGCCAUCGCUUGCGACUGUACUUACGACAAUGGUACUACAUGCCACAUCACCAAACUGAGAGUGCAAGCUCGGUACAAACGAGGGGUGUUUCCUGAAGAAUUUUUGGCUCUAAGAUAUCUCGCAGUUUUGAAAAUCGAUCAGAAUUAUUUCAAAGGUCCACUACCGGUAUUCAUUGGCAAUAUGUCUGCAUUGAUUACAUUGUCAAUUGCCCACAAUUCAUUCUCUGGGCCCAUCCCCAAGGAGCUUGGAAACCUUACGGAGCUAAAUAUACUGGCCAUCGGAUCAAAUAAUUUCUCCGGAACACUCCCUCUAGAACUUGGUAAUUUAGUCAAGCUCCAGGAAAUUUACAUGGACAGCUGCGGACUCAGUGGUGAAAUUCCUUCAACAUUUGCCAAGCUCACCAGUACGCAAAUCUUUUGGGCAUCGGACAGUCUUUUCUCAGGAAAGAUACCUGAUUUCAUAGGGAAUUGGACACAACUCACUUCUUUGCGAUUUCGAGGGAACUCUUUCGAAGGCCCAAUACCAACCAGCUUUUCUCAACUGACCUCAUUGAACUCUCUGCAAAUCAGUGAUAUAUACAAUGGGAGCUCCUCUCUUGAUUUCAUAAAAAAAAUGAAGAACUUGACUGAUUUAAAACUACGAAACGCAUUAAUCACUGGUAACGUCCCUUCUGACAUUGGAGAAUAUCAACGUCUACAGAUACUGGAUCUGAGUUUCAACAAUUUGACAGGCCAACUCCCAAGUUCUUUGUUCAACUUGAAUUCUCUUACAUCUUUGUUUCUUGGAAACAAUAGUCUGUCCGGACCUCUUCCGAGCCAAAAAAGCAAUCUACUUCAGACUAUAGAUUUGUCUUACAAUUUUUUAUCAGGAAGCUUUCCCCAAUGGGUGACCACAAUAUCACAAUUGAACUUAGCGGUCAACAACUUCACAUUUGACAGUUCAAACAUAACUACUCUUCCUGGAUUGAAUUGCCUCCAGAGAAAUUUUCCAUGCAAUCGAGAUACCCCACGAUAUGCAAACUUCUCAAUCAACUGUGGUGGACUGCAAAUGAUGGGACGUGAUGGCAUAUUGUAUGAGGCUGAAGACUCCGCUCUUGGUCCAGCAACAUUCAUUGUAACCAGUACAGAGAAAUGGGCUGUCAGCAAUGUCGGUAUGUUUUUUGACGGAGUAAACCGAUUGUUUUUGGAAAAGACCGUUGAACAAGUCACCGGAACAGAUGUGACCCCGGAGCUUUUCCAGACUUCAAGAUUGUCCCCAGGAUCAUUGAGAUACUUUGGCCUGGGUCUUGAGAAUGGACCUUACACUGUAACAUUGCACUUUGCAGAGACGGUUUUUGAUAGGGACAUUCAGCACACUUGGGAAAGUCUAGGACGGUGUGUAUUUGAUAUCUAUAUUCAGGGUACCCGCAAGAUAAAGGACUUUGACAUAUCCAAGGAGGCAGGUGGGGUUAAUGUAGGAAUUAUGAAAAGAUUCAAUGUUAGCGUGUCAGAGAAUUAUCUUGAAAUUCAUCUGUUCUGGGCUGGUAAAGGGACUUGUUGCAUACCAGGUCAUUACGGCUCACUAAUAGCAGCCCUCCAUUCUGCUUCAGAUUUUAUACCAACAGUUUCCGGGCUUCCACCAACUACUCCAGGAAAGAAGAGCAGGACUGGGUUGAUAGUUGGUAUUGCAGUUCCUCUUGGAGUUGUGAGCUUGCUAUUAAUAUUUGCAAUUCUAUAUAUGAGGAGGAAAAAAUCAGAAAAAGAGGACCACGAGGAUAUUCUAGGAUUAGGCCCUCGACCAAAUACUUUCAGUUAUGCUGAGUUGAGAGCUGCAACCGAAUAUUUUAAUCCUUCAAAUAAGUUAGGAGAAGGAGGAUACGGCCCUGUUUAUAAGGGUACACUUUUUGAUGGGAGAGUAGUGGCUGUGAAGCAACUUUCAGUAGCAUCUCACCAAGGGAAGAGUCAAUUUGUAUCUGAAAUUGCUACCAUAUCUACUGUGCAACAUCGGAAUCUAGUGAAAUUGUAUGGAUGCUGCAUCGAAGGCAGCCACCGCAUUUUGGUUUAUGAGUAUCUUGAAAACAAGAGCCUUGAUCAGGCACUUUUUGGAACAAGUAACUUGCACCUUGACUGGCCUACUCGAUUCAAUAUAUUGUUGGGAACAGCAAGGGGACUUGCUUACCUUCAUGAGGAGUUAAGGCCAAGGGUUGUACACCGAGAUGUCAAAGCGAGUAAUAUUUUGCUCGAUGCAGAACUCUCCCCAAAAAUAUCAGAUUUUGGACUGGCAAAGCUUUAUGAUGACGAGAAAACCCACAUCAGCACCCGGGUUGCAGGGACAAUAGGCUAUUUGGCACCGAAGUAUGCAUUGUUUGGACAUUUGACAGAGAAGGCCGAUGUGUUUGGUUUUGGAGUCGUCGUUUUGGAGAUCCUCAGCGGGAGACCAAACUCUUACAAUAACUUGGAUCAAGAAAAGAUUUAUCUUCUUGAAUGGGUAUGGACUCUACAUGAAAACGACCAAACUCUAGGGUUGGUGGAUCCGAGAUUGACAGAGUUUGAUGAAAUUGAAGCAACUAGAUUGAUAAGAGCAGCUCUCAUGUGCACGCAGGGAUCACCGAUGGCGAGGCCAUCUAUGUCACGUGUGGUUGCAAUGCUCUCUGGAGACAUUGACAUAGGCACUGUCACGUCGAAGCCAAGCUAUUUGACAGAUUAUGAUUUUAAAGAUGUAACAACAUUGUCAACAGGUAGAUUUUUGGUGGAGGAUGAGACCCCAUCAACUGCAUCCAAGGAUAGUAAUGUUCGCCUCAACUAUCAGCCGGGAGGCAGCAAUGCAAGUGGUACUAACACUCCUUGGAUUGACCCUGCAUCAUCUGUAAACGUCACUCAAUCACUGCUCGCUGGCGUUAGAGGAGAAGGAAGGUGAUAAAUAUUAGGAAAUGAUUUCCACAUGCUUCUUUUAUCCCUUUGUGCGCCCUUGUACUUGUUUUGGACCCUUUCCUUUUAUAUAAUACACAUUUUAAUAAUUAAUUGUAAUUGUACUUUAAAUUUGGCUUUUGGUUGUGGGCAGGGGACUGGCAUGCCAGAUUUGAAUAUAUCUUAGAUGCAUGUAUAUUCUACUUA